AUGAUUUAUGCUUUUUGUAAUACUUAUGAUGUUUCAUGGAAUACAAAAAGAGAUAAUACUAAUACUGAAAAACUAAAUAGUGCGCUAGUAAUUGAAAAAGGUGAUAAAGCAACCAUUAAAAUUAAUGAUAAAUGUCUUAAUAUCAAUGAAUCAACAUAUACUGAUGAUAUGUUUACUUCUAUCAUGAAAGAUUUUUGCCUAGAAGACGCUGAUUUAAUUACAAUAUGUGGGAAACUUGAAACAUCUUGCUCCCGCUAUCAUCGGCAAGGUCUACAUGAAGGUUCCAGUGUGGAUAAUACUGAACUUCCUUUAAUGCUGUCGGAAAUAAAUCUUAGUGAUGAAAACUUUACGAAGAUUGGAAACUUUGAAACCAAAUUUCUUAAUAUUGAUAAAUCUAAACGGGGUCAUAAAAUUGAUGCGGCAAUUGGAGUACGUUUGAUGAAAGAAAAUCUUAUCCAAUUUUUGGUAGUAGAAUCCAAAAAACCAGGUGCAGAUCCUAGUAAUGACAAAAGAAAACAAUUGCAAGAACAAUAUGAUCAGCUAGAGAUCACCGUUUAUGACAUUCCAGGAAGUUUAAUAGGUCGUCGUCAUUUGUUUCGACAAAAUAUAUAUGUACCAUCUAAAAUGCAAUUAAAACAUCAUACUGUUGAUUAUCUCGAAUCUUUAGUAGAGAUUAAGGAAAUUUUAAAUAAAUUGGUUAAUGAAGGAAACAAUAGUGACAAUAAUGUACAAAUAUCUAUACGUAAUGGAACUAUUGUUAGGAAACAUCGUAACUCCUCAGGUGUUAUGUAUUGA